AUGGAUUUUUGCCUGUAUCACCUGAGUUCAUCUGGCUGUGCAGGUGUGUCACGGUGGGAGGGAGUCUGGCAACUCAACAGAAACUCAGCUCUGUUUGAAGAUUUCCAGCCUCGCAGAAGCAUCAUGUUCUCUCUGCUUGCCUUCCCGUGCCUGUUACUAACCUGGAUGAAAGGGACGUGUUCAGCGGAUACAAACAUGCCCUUCAUGGAGUACCUGGACCAUGACCGUCUGGUCUCUCUGAAAUGGGGCUUUGACAGUCUGCAGGGAAACAUCACUUUCCAGCUUGUUGUUAACUCCACGGGUUGGGUGGGCUUUGGUCUGAGUCCAAACGGAGGCAUGCAGGGGUCUGACAUCGUCAUCGGUGGCCUUGGAUCUGAUGGAAGCUACUUCACCGAUCGUCACGCAACUGGGAACUCCAUGCCUUUAGUGGAUGAGCAUCAAGACUAUACUCUUCUCUAUAUGACAGAAGAUGAAGGUCAAACCUCCAUGACCUUUCAGAGGUCAAUUCAAGCAUGCGAUGAGGACGACUUCCAUAUUACUGCGCAACCUGUCAAGGUGAUCUACGCUUACGGAACAACGGAUGAGAUCAAAAACCAUGGCUCCCGCAGAGGCACAAAGGAAAUAAACCUGCUCAGCUAUAUGCCACGGACAACACCAAACAGCUCCGGCUAUUUCAGUGCCAGCGUGAACAAUAUCACUAUCCCUGCCAUUAAAACUUACUAUCACUGCAAGGUCAUGACAUUUCCGAAGCUUGAUAAAAAGCAUCAUGUCUAUCUGAUUGAGCCGGUGAUCGAUAACCCAGACAUUGUUCAUCACAUGUUGCUGUACCGAUGCCCCCCAUUUGUGACAGAACAGUAUGACAACCCCUGCUACAGGGGCGAUCAGGGGGACGCCUGCUUUGUCGUGGUGGCUUCAUGGGGAGUGGGAGGAGAGAUAUUUGAGUUUCUUGAAAAUGUGGGAAUUCCUGUUGGAGACAAGCAGAGUGAUACGUAUAGACUGGAAAUACAUUACAAUAAUCCACAGGCUAAAGCAGGCAUUACAGACAGCUCAGGAUUGAAACUGCACUACACAGCACAGCUCCGAGAGCAUGACGUGGGCAUUCUGUUCAUGGGGCUGCUCCCAAUGGGAAACCUGAAGUAUGAAAUCCCUCCAAAAGUUGAUCUAUUCCGCACCUACGGCAGCUGUGAUACUUCUACCUUUACUCAGCUUGUGAAUGCUUGGUCCGAUCUUCAUGUGUUUGCCUCAUUGUUACACACUCACUUGGCUGGGAGAAAAGUCAGAGUUGGUCAUUUCAGAGAUGGAAAACAGAUAGACUUCCUGGGCGUGGAUGAAAACUACAACUUUGAAAUGCAACAGGCGGUCAAUUUGGGAAACAUCAAGACAAUCCAGCAGGGCGAUGAGAUUGUUAUUGAGUGUACUUACAGCACCAGUAAUCGUACUGACGUCACCCAGCUUGGAUUAGCCACUACUGAUGAGAUGUGCCUGGCCUUCCUGUUCUACUACCCUGCAAUCCCAAUCGGGUCGUGCAUCAGCCAUCCAGACACAACAUAUCUACCCACAAAGGCAAGUGACAAAACAUCUGUGCAAAAUCCAAGCUAUGAGGACAUUGCAGAAUAUGAGACUUUGUUGAAGACACUACCUCAAGCUCUUGUGAUCAGUGAUGAAAAUAACAACUACAUAGUUGAUAAUGUAACAAUCAGAGAUCUGAUGGCGACACCCACUGUUUCUUGUGAAAGAAGCAGGUGCACCAAACUCUGCGCUUCCUGGAUGGUGAACACAGCAGGGAUCACCAUUCUGUUUCUCUGGAUUGUAAUAACUUAAGCUUUUAUUUUCUGUCUUCAUUGAUAAUGUUUAAUUUUUAUUAGUCUCACUGUUAAUCACAAAUCUGCUCAGCAAUUCAUUAUCGAACUCAUACAUCAUCUGAUUGAAAAUGUAUAUCAUCAGUCAUGAGGGAAU